AUGGAUCGCUUCACGGAUUUGCGCCGCGUGCCACAUCACUUUUUUCGGCACACAGCCAACAUUUACGCAGGUGCCGCCCAGCUCUUUGGCUUCAAUCAGCGCACAUUUCUGGCCGUACAUAGCCGCGCGGUUGAUGGAGGCGAUACCGCCGCUGCCGCCGCCGAUGGCGAUGUAAUCAUAGUGUUUAGUCAUGACAAAGUGUCCUUAUCGUUGAUUACCGCGAUUGUAGCGCGAGACGUAAUAGGUGCCAGCAAUGGCUGCAAUUACUCCGGCACGAUCCAGCUUACGGUGGCGUGCCCGGUCCCUGCCGGACCCAGU